AUGCUGAAUUUAACUUAUCACGAGAGUGAUUUCGGAAUUCCUGCCGCAUGGACAUUCUCUGCUACAGCACAUGGGAAAGGUCGAGNUAUUCAAACUCCACCAACUCAUGUUGUAAUUAUUCGUAAUGGUCAUCUAUUUACAUUUGAUUUAUAUGAAUCAAAGAAACUUUUGACACCACCUGAAAUUCUUCGAAAACUUGAAGAUAUUGUUAAACAAAGUGAUCACAGUUCUGGACUUGGAUUAGGUGCUCUUACUGCAUUACCACGUGAUGAAUGGGCAGAAAUACGUCAUCAUUUAUGUCAAAUGAAUGAACAAAAUAAAAUCAAUUUUCAAAUUAUUGAACAAGCAUUACUUGUUUAUGGAUUGGAAGAUGAGAAUGCUGAAAAUUUAACAGAGCUUGCUCGUAUUGGCAUGUUGAAAAAUCCUCAAUCACGUUGGUUUGAUCGAUCGAAUUUUUAUAUUGUCACACGGAAUGGUCUUAUUGUAGCAAAUGAUGAACACUCAGCUUAUGAAGGUAUUAUUCCGAUUCAAAUUACUGAUCAUGUACGAAAUCAUAUUGAUUCUCUUGAAAAGUUAAAUUCAUGGCCAAUACCAUCUGAUCCUCAUAAUAAAAUAAUUGUUCGAGAACUUUUAUUUAUUUACGAUUCACGUGUAUUAAAUGCUAUUAAUCGUGCAGUUACUUUAUUUUAUCAUUCAGCAGAUAAUAUUGAAGUUAUUGUCAUCAAUGUAACUCAAUGUACAAAAGAAGAUAUUAAACAAUAUGUUCGUAUUCAUCCAGAUAGUUUUUUUCAAUUAUGUCUUCAAUUGGCUUAUUUUAAAUUACAUGAACAUAGACCUGCACCUACUUAUGAAACAGCAGCAAUACGACGUUUUUAUCGUGGAAGAACUGAAACAAUACGAACUUGUACACCAGAAGUAGUUGCAUGGUGUCGUGCAAUGACAAAUUCAGAUAAUCAAUUAACAGAAGUUGAAAGAAAAUUAUUUCUUAUGGCUGCUAAUCGUCAUCAAGAAUUAAUAACUGAAGCAUCGGAAUGUCAAGGUUGUGAUCGACAUUUAUUUGGAUUGAGUAUGAUAGCACAUUUAGCAGGAAAACCAUUCGAACUUACAAAUGAUCCAUCAUGGAUAAAAAGUGGUGGAAAUAGUAAUUUUAUUUUAUCCACAAGUUGUCUUGGUGUCGGUACAUCAUUAGGUGGAACAGCACCAAUGUGUUUAAAUGGUUAUGGAGUCUUCUAUCGAAUUGGUAGUGAUGCAAUAACAUUUUUCGUCAGUGCUUAUCGAAAUUGUUCGGAUACAAAUGCACAAGCAUUGGCAGAUUCGAUUGAACAUACUUUAAUUCAAGUUAAAACAUCUUUUAUGAAAUCAAAUUUGUUAAUGUAA